AACGAUGCCCACGGCAGGGACGGUGCCAGGAAAGCAAAGCCCUGCUGGAGACGAGACUCACAAAGGGCCAUCAAGGGAGGGGAUUCUUCCCUCCUUUCAGCACCGUGAGCCCCCACCUGGAGCGCUGCAGCCGGUUUGCGCUCCCCGCGCCCGAGGAGGCACAACGGAUGCCGCGCCAGCUCGGGGGAACUUUAAGAUGGCGGUGCCCGCCCCGCCGCCAGCCGCCAGGGGGCGCUCCCCCGGCCCCGCCAGCCCCCAGGCCGGGCCUGCUCCCGGCGCCCGGCCCCAGCCGCUGCGCCGCUCUCUAUGGCCGUUGCCCGUGGCACGGCCUCUGUUUACUUCCGGCAGCCCGGCGCCGCUGUGCAUGGGGCGCGGGGGCGGCUGCCCGCCGCCAGCUGCCAUGGUCGAGCCCGCCGAGGAGGACGAGCUGCCGGUGCCCGAAUCAGGUGCUGUUUUCACAUUUGGAAAAAGCAAAUUUGCAGAAGAUGUUCCCAGCAAGUUCUGGUUCAAAAAUGACAAGCCUGUGCUUAUAUCAUGUGGAGAUGAACAUACUGCUAUUGUUACAGGGAAUGGUAAACUGUACAUGUUUGGCAGUAACAACUGGGGCCAGUUAGGAUUAGGAUCAAAGAACACUGUCAACAAACCAACAUGUGUUAAAGCUUUAAAACCAGAAAAAACAAAACUUGCUGUUUGUGGAAGAAACCACACUUUAGUUUACACAGAAAAAGGAAAUGUGUACGCUGCUGGAGGUAACAGUGAAGGUCAGUUGGGAUUGGGUGACACAGAGGAAAGGACCACAUUUCACUUAAUUAGUUUUUUUACCAACCAGCACAAGAUCAAACAGCUAGCAGCUGGAUCAUACACCUCAGCAGCUGUAACUGAGGAUGGGCAGCUUUUUGUGUGGGGUGACAAUUCGGAAGGUCAGAUUGGCUUGGCUGAUGAAGCCUGUGUCAGUGUCCCUUGUCAAGUGGAUGUUGGAAAACCUGUUUCCUCUAUAUCCUGUGGGUAUUAUCACUCUGCCUUGAUAACAGGAGAUGGUGAGCUCUAUACUUUUGGAGAACCUGAGAAUGGGAAACUGGGAUUAUUGCCCGAACAGCUGAAGAACAAUAGAGUCCCACAGCCUGUACUGGGAAUUAUGGAAAAGGUUAAUAAGGUUGCUUGUGGUGGAGAGCACACCGUGGUGCUGACAGAGACAGAUGUAUAUACUUUUGGACUUGGACAAUAUGGGCAGCUGGGACAUGGUACUUUUAUAUUUGAAACUUCAGUACCAAAGUCUGUGAAACACUUGAGGAGGCAUAAAAUAUGUAAUAUUACCUGUGGGGAAAAUCAUACUGCUGUAAUAGCAGAGAAUGGCCUCCUGUUUACUUUUGGAGAUGGGAGACAUGGCAAGUUAGGCCUUGGACAAGAGAAUUUUACAAAUCUGUUUGAUCCUACUCUGUGUUACAAUUUCUUGAAGUUCACAGUCCUUUUGGUUGCUUGUGGUGGUUGUCACAUGCUAGUUGUUGCUGCUCCAAGACCUAAAGGAUCUGAAGAAGUACUCUUAGAAAACUUGUAUGAAAGCCAUUUGACUUCUACUACCUCUAAAACAAGUGGAGACUCACUACUAACAAACACCUUACAAGUAACAUCAGCACGAAUACGACGUCGAGAGAGGGAAAAGUCUCCCGAACAGUUUAUUCGAAUGGCACGAACUCUGCCUCCACUGGGAGGAAGCUUCUUAAAAUCUUCACUGCCUGUGACUAGCAACACUAGCCCACUCUGUUUUUCUGCCACAAGUCUUCCUAAAGCAGAACCUGUGAAGGAUAGAGGCCAUGAAAAAGAAAAGAAUCAUCAAAAAGAUAAACCUGGUGAAGGCUCUGCAGAAGAAGACUCAGAUAAUGAAAAUAAUGACAGAAACCUUGGAGAUACAACUGACAUCCUAAAUAUGACACAUGCAAUGAAAUUGAAUCCUAGUGACCAGUCCUUAAAAUUAUCACCACUCCAAAAACAAAAGAAGAACAAUAAAAAUGUGAAACUGAAAAGAAAUGGUAAGGGUGAGCUGAAAAACAAGGAUUCUGAUUCCAUGAAGGAGGGCUCAAAAUUAGACUCUGGCUCUUUGCAAAAGCAGUCUUCAUUUUCAGAGCCACUGGGACAAGAUUUAGAAAAAAGUAGUGCCUUUGUAGGGAAGCCUGUGCCCCCCAAAAAUACAAAGAAAGGUACAUCUGAGCAUGCACAAAGUGUUAGUACUUUGAGAAGUGGUGUUCAACAAAUUACUAUGGACAAGUGCAGGUUAGUGAAAAGGGAAAAAGAGUAUGCAGAAAAUACUGAAUUUGUCAGAGAGGAUGUAAUUUACAGUCUUCCCACUGAAAAACAAAUUCUGACUGAAAAAACAAGUUCUUCCAAUAAAAAGAUAAAAUCUAUUAAAUCCAAGCAACCCCUUAAAAUAGAUGUACUUCCUUCUGCAUCCAGGGAUCGGCCCCAGUCUGAUUCAUUAAUUGUGCAAAAAUACAAUCCUGUUCAAAACCAAGAAAAUCAAGAAGCAAUAGAAAGCCAAAACAAAGUAAAGGAUGUUGUUGAAAAAUCUGAUAAAUGUGAAAAAAUAUGUGUCAGAGGAGAAGAAAGUAGGGAAGAGGAGAGAGGGUUUAAAAAAAAGAAUUUUUUGAAACACAUAGCUGUAAGUGUGUCAUCAUCUUCAACUGAGGAAAGUAGUAAUGAUCUUGCAAAAUACGUAUUUAAGAGUAGGGAAAAAGAAGAGCACUACUAUGAAGGCAGAGAGGUCCAGAAGGCAAUGAAAAUAGAAAAAGUGAAAGGUUUGCACUUAGAAGACACUGAGACUGAGGAGAUGCACGCUACAAACAAUGAGAAAGAAUAUGUAGAAGAGGCUGAUGUAGAAGGCCUGAAUGAGGAAGAAAACUCUGAAGCAAAAGCUGAUGAAGACAGGCAGUUAGAAAUUAAGAAUGAGGAGGAAUCUAAUCAAGAGCAGGAGAGUGAAGGCAGUGAAAAGGGUGAAAGUGAAAAAGAGAAACUAGAAACAGUUGACAGUGAAGGUGAACUAGGGGAGGAAGAAGAAGAGAGUCAGGUUAAAAAAGAUAGAGAUGAAGUUUCAGUAGGAAGAGAUGAAGGUGAAGAGGAAAAAGAUAAUAAGGAAGAAAAUGAAAGAGAGGAAUCACAGGCUGAAAGAAGCAGUGAGAAUGAGAGUGCAGAAGAGAUUGAAGAUGGCGAAGAACAGAUUGAAGAGAUUAGGCAGGAAGAUGGCAAAGAGCAAGUUGACGAGGAAGGCAGGCUGAUGGAAGAAGAAAUGCUGACUGAGGGAGAAAAGGAGGAUAUGGAGGAGGAUGCAAAAGAGGAAGACACUGAAAAAGAAAAGGAAGAACAGGUUAAAAGUGAGGGAAGAGAUGAGAGUGAGGAAGGAGGUGAAGAUAGAGAGGGGGAGGAAGAAAAAGAGGUAGAGGCAGAAGAGGAAGUAGGAGAUGAAAAGGAAAAUGAAGAAGAAAACAAAGAAAGGGAGAAUGAAAAAGACAAAGAGGGUGAAGAGGAAUUAGAAUCAUUGGCAGGGAGGGAAAAAGAGGUAUUGGAAGAACAGGAAGAGGAAUGUGCAAAUAGGAUUAAGUUGGUGGGGGAUGAUGGAGUGGAAGAAGAAGAGGGGGAGGAUGAAGUCAAAGAGGAAAGAGAAAAUGAGGAGGAGGAAGAGGUAGGAGCAGCGGCAGAAGCAGAAGGGGAGGAGGGGGAAGAAGAUGAAAAAAAGGAAGAGGAUGAAAACAAGGAAGAGGAGCUGGAAAAUGAAGAGGAAGAGGAUGAAGAAGAGGAAGAAGGAUUGGGAGAAGAUGGAGAAGUAGAGGAAGGAGUGGAAGAAGAUGAGGGAGAACAAAACUUUUCUGGAGAUGAAGAGACAGAUGAGGAGGAGGAGGAGGAAGAAGAAGCAGAAGAAAAAGAAGAAGCAGAAGGAGAAGAAGCAGGAGGAGGAGGCACAGAGAAAGAGGAGGAAAUAGAGGAAAAAUGCAAAGAAGAGAAACAUAGUGAAACACCUGAUGGAGAGAAAAGCAGUAAUAGUGCAGUGGAAAGUGUAGAGACAGAAGAGACUACUCAGAAAGAGACCAUCGUUCAACAGGAGAAAGAAAGCACUGACAAUCACACUGUGAACAGCUCUUCGGAGAACACUUAUGACCAAAAAACUGAAGGCAUCGGGAGAAAAAAGUUUUCCCUGUUUAAGCGAAAGCCACUGACAUGCCAGAAGAAUGUAUGUAGCAGAAUGGAAGAUAGAUCUGGAAAGCCACUACAGAGUGAAGAAAAAGAAAAGGAAGAUUUAUCUGGUGAAGGCAGUAAAGAUGAAAACCAGAAUCAUACAUUGGAGGAUUCCAGGGAAACUGUGACUAACCAGGACAGACGGAUGAAAUCUUCUACUUGCAUAUUACUCUAACACUGUUAGAGUAUGUAAGAAUGUGACAGUCUUAAAGCACAAUAGUGCAAUUUUUACUUGAAAACAGUUACGACUCACUAGAGCUGUUGAUGGUUGCUAUUUUGAUUAUUGAUUGCUGUGAUUUUAAACAUGCAGAGGACUUUCUUGAUAUUUAUUGGUAAUCUUAAUAGUUGCAAUGCUUAUCAGCACCUUGCUGGAGUUCUGUGGCCUUUAAUGUUGGUGUUGUAAAGCAAAAUAUAUUUUUUUACGUGAAAAGUUGGAUACAGGCAUUUCAUGGUUUUUGCUAAAUAAUUUUAUUCUGUUUCAUCUACAGAGUACCACUGUCAUUAUGAUACUCUUGCAAAAUUAUAUUUGAUGUAAGAUAUUAUUUGUUUUUAACAACCUAGGUAAGAAUAUUGAAGUUCACAUUUUAAAGAGGGUACUCAGUUACUUAGAAAUACAUAUGCCUCUUUCUGUUUUGACUUAGAAAAAUAGCAAUAAACUUUCAAGGUAACACAUAGGCCAUUACUGAGGAAGUUACUUAAGUAUGUGCCUGAUGUCAUCUACAGCAGCAGUUCCAUUGGAAACAGUACCUAAGAGUAGUGUAAGUUAAGUUUCCUGACAAACUGAGACUUGGAGAAACCUUUCAUUUCUGAGAGAUGCUGAACACCUUCGCUCCUGCUGAUGGGACUCUUUCCUCACAGAAUCGGGCCCCGUAAAAACUGAACAUCCUCACUGUUGUUUCUGUUGGAUUCUAAUCCUAUACUCUUCGAACAUUCGUACCUUAAUGAGUCUCUAGUGAAGCUUUCCUUGCAGGAAAAUAAUGUAAUCAGAGUUACUAUGGAAUCUAUUGGUAUGACAAAUAGAUCGUUAUGGGCUAAAUAUUCAUGGUUUUCUCAGGCAACCUGGUUUUCUUCACAUAGAGUCAUGAAUAAUGAAUCCCAUUACUGGUAUGGAUGAGUGGAAUGCAUGGGUUUUUAAUUAGUCCAAGAAGCUGAAGUGACAAACCGACUAUUCUAAUUACUAGCAUUCCCUCUGAAUGAAAUUUGGUUUCUGAAAACUUAGUCCAGGUGAAUAAGAAAUGUGACCCUUACCAUGAUGAAUCUAACCCAAGGUCUGUGUUUGCCCUUUAUUAAAAUAUGCUUAGGUUUUUAUGAAUAUACACAAGCUCUAGCUUAAAUAAAAGAUAAAGAAUUAUUUCUAAAGUGAGUACUUUUCAGAAUACUUUACAUGGGACAGAUGACCAUUGUAGAAAACCUAGGAAAAUGUUACUUACAUUCACUGAUAUAUUAAUAUAUUUUAACGUGCCUUUGGCUGUAUUUCACCUUUGGAUUAUCAGAUUUUCCUAGUUUCAGAGUCGCUUAAAUAUUAUAUAAUACAGUCAGAAAUGUCUGGAGUUGUUUUCAACCUGGAAGUUGAUUCAGCUGAACACUUUGUCCCUGUAAGUGUGGCAGGUGCCCAGAUUUUUUCACAGGGCCUCCUCAGUGCUACUGUAAGCAUCAUACUGAAAACCUGGAUGCUUGAGUCAUCGUUUUCCACAGUUAAUUAAGAUCCUUCUGUUUCUGUUAUUUUUAUUUGGGCUACUCUUUGGUUCUGCAGUGAACCUUACAUAACCUAUUUUUUUUCUGCCAAUGUGCAUUAUAUUUACAUAUUUUCAUGUUUUCCUGAAUGCACAUGUGGUUUAUGUCCUACUUGGAUACUGCUGUGAACAGUAAAGAAGUGGAAAAGGAGAAAUAAAGUGACUAGUAUCAUCAUUAAUUUAAAUAAGCUGAAAUUAUUUUUCUAAGGGGAGAGCAAUCACAGAAACUGUUACCGUAAGGACAAUUUCUUUCUUUAAAAUGUGAACUAGUUUAGUGGAAAAUAUUGCUUUAAAUGGGGAAUUACCCUUAAAUCUAAUGUAAUAGAAGUGUAUUUAAUGGAUUCUAAACUGCUGUACAUCAAGCAGUUUCAGGCACUUGUACGUUUAUCUUGUCCAUACACUUUGCUUAAGAAGCAGGAACAAAUUAAUCCAUUCAGAUGUCUUUUUUACAUGUCUUCCUCGGUAAUAAAAAAGAUUAAACAAAUAAAACAA